AGACCGGAAGCGGAAGUGAGGUCCGUUUGCCUGGCGCUCUUCUCAGAGCGCAGCCACCCCCCACCCGGUGGCCCCCGCCGACUUGAGGAAGUGCCGGAAGCGGAAGUUCCUAAGAGGUGGGGGGAGUUGUUGGUUAAGUGUCGGCUUGUCUUUGGAGCUUGGUAGGUUCCCCUUCUCCCCUCGGCUGAUUGAGCAGGUAAAGCGCGAUUGUGAGACCUCGCCAGCCCUGCCGGCCAAAUUCAGGCCGGAUCCCAACUUCGAACCCUAUUCUGAGGGGUGUGGUACCCGGUGCUCCGACUCUCCCGGGUCCUGGUGGAGGUCCCGGGAGUCCCCGGUCCCUUCUCUGGGCAGAGGCUCGGUCCGGCUUCCCGGUGUCCACGUAAACCCCCGCGAUGGGUAAUACGAGCAGUGAGCGCGCUGCGCUGGACCGGCAAGGGGGUCACAAGACUCCCCGAAGGGACAGUUCGGGGGGCUCCAAGGAUGGGGACCGGCCCAAAAUCUUGAUGGACAGCCCUGAGGACGCUGACCUCUACCACUCCGAGGAAAUUAAGGCUCCAGAGAAGGAGGAGUUCCUGGCCUGGCAGCAUGAUCUGGAGGUUAAUGAUAAAGCCUCUGCCCAGGCUCGGCCAACUGUGUUUCGAUGGACGGGGGGUGGAAAGGAAGUUUACUUAUCCGGCUCCUUCAACAACUGGAGCAAACUUCCCCUCACACGCAGCCACAAUAAUUUUGUCGCCAUCCUGGAUCUGCCUGAAGGAGAGCAUCAGUACAAAUUCCUUGUGGAUGGUCAGUGGACACACGACCCCUCUGAGCCAGUAGUAACCAGCCAGCUUGGCACAGUUAACAACAUCAUUCAAGUGAAGAAAACUGACUUUGAAGUAUUUGAUGCUUUAAUGGUGGAUUCCCAAAAGUGCUCCGAUGUAUCUGCAGAGCUGUCCAGUUCCCCGCCAGGACCCUACCAUCAGGAGCCCUACGUCUGGAAACCAGAGGAGCGGUUUAAAGCCCCACCCAUCCUCCCACCACACCUUCUCCAGGUCAUCCUGAACAAGGACACAGGCAUUUCUUGUGAUCCAGCUUUGCUUCCUGAGCCCAACCACGUCAUGUUGAACCACCUUUACGCACUAUCCAUCAAGGAUGGAGUGAUGGUGCUCAGCGCGACCCACCGGUACAAGAAAAAAUAUGUCACUACCUUGUUGUACAAGCCCAUAUGAAGAGCUGGGAGCUACCCAUGGGCUGCAGCCCCAGGCUCCACCCGUGCAUGCUUCCCACUAGAAGGAAUGGACUGCAGAUUUCUCACUUCACACUCUUCAUAAGACAUUUCAUACCCGCCCUUGUCCUACUUGAAGGUUUGUUCCAGACACAGCAGCUCCUGAAGCACCUCAGUCUAUAACAGUCCUCUUAGUACCCAGUGCUGGGUCUGGGGACCCAUCAAGGCUGAGAAGGGAGUGGGGGAAGCAGGUGCUCUGCAGCCCCCACACCGCAGGGCAGAGGGCAGCAGUGCACGUCUCAGUCAACAGCCUCUGAACUGGUUAUGGAGAUUUUUCUUAAGCCAAAAAUGAACACUAGGCACUUUGCUAGUGAAAAUCUGGGAAGCGGGAAUGGAGGCCGCACAAAAUUUGGGGUCGUAUAUGUUUGUAUUGACUUGUCCCUGCUGAGGCCUGGCCGCAGACCUGGCAGCAAGUUCAGGGUUGGUCCUACCUGUCCUCUGAAAUCAAAGCAAUAGGCCGUCUUCCAGUUCCUGCUCCAGGGAGGCGUAAUUUCUAUAGAAAUUAGAACCUGUCUGGUUUCCAGAUGAAGUUUGACAAUUAUUUCCUACAUUUACGUGCACUAAGUAUUUUUGUUUCUGUUUUUAACCAGAGGUGGCUGUGACUAUACAGCCUUAGGACAAUUUUUAAGUCACCCUGACUAGACUACAGGUCACAUGAACUAUGCUCAGCAAUAAUCUGUUCUCAGAGCAGAGUUGGAAAACCACAGAUGGAUUUAUUAAACUGGGAGUUUGUGUAGCUUUGUACUCAAAUCAUAAUGAGGUGACAAUGUUACCACGAAAACUUUGGAGGCACCUGAUCCUAGCCUGUGCCACCCUGCUUGGGACCUCUGUCCCUUCUCAGCCAGGAAGGCUGUGGCAACUGCUGUUGUUUAUUCUGGAAGAAAAUUAGAACUGGCAGCAGCCUUCUGAAUUUGUGCCAGGAAGACAUCCUUUGGACCAAAGUGAAUCUCUCCCCACGGCUUGGUUUCCAGGUUGAUGCCAGAGACACAGCCAUUAGCGAGGCUCCUGUCCCUGAGGGGGCGGAGGCUGCCAUCAUGCCCUGUGCUCCUGCUGGGAGACAGAGGAACAAGCCCCCUGGCUUCUGGUAUUUAUUUGGUAAACCUGCGUCCGGGAUACCCCUUUUGUUACUGUUUUCAAAACACUGAAUUACUGUCACUUUGAUGUACAGGUUUCAAUAAAGCUUAUAAAGAUAAUGGACGUGCCCUUGGAGGAAGCUUUGAUUUCAUGCAGUCAUUUGGAGAAGAGACCAGAAUUCUCCCCAAGGUUUCUCAAGGGCAGUGCUUUGCAACCUUUGUCAUGUCUCCACACACAGUGCAGAUGGUGCCCUCCCUGUGGCACUCUGGGCUGAGUGCGCAUGGCUGAGGGCCGGGCCCUGACCCACCUAUUCUGCACACAGAGUUGAGGAGGCUGUAAAAUUGAAAAGUGACACGGGAGCUGAGGAGAGGCAGCGGCGAAGGUCCUAGUGUGGGCAGAUUGGCUGCAGCCCUGUGUCAGAGGUCUGGCUGCUGCUUGCUCACUGAUAAGCACCACAGGGGAGCCUGGGAUUCUGACACCCACUUGGAUGACACCAGGAUGUUUUGGAGUCAGCCUUUCUCACCAGGUAAAAGGGUCUGUCCCUUCUACCAAAAAUUGGAAGUUAUAAUUGCUUCAUCCCAGGCAUCAGGAAACCUUUGAAUAAAAUUGAGAAGGAACCUCGAAGGCCUUCUGUCCACUUAUGGUAAAGAGCAGCGUAGAAAGUGUUCCCAGCUGGGUAAUUAGCCAUCUUACCAUGAAAACCCAAGUGUUGAGAGAACCCUAGAUUUAGGGGCUGGAGGGAUUAUUUAAGUAGACUGAGGAACUAUGUAAAAAUCCUUUGCAAAACUGGAUAAAACUUUUUUUUUAAUGGAAAAAAUACAGUUGAUAAACAAUAUCAUGUUUGUUUCAGGUGUACAGCAUAGGGAUUCAAUAUUUUUGUAGAUUGUUUCAUUAUAGGAUAUUAUAAGGUAUUGGAUGUAAUUCCCUGAGCUAUAUAGUAAAUCCUUGUUGCUCGUCUAUUUUAGGUAUGAUAAUUUGUGUCUGUUAAUCCUAUACCCCUUAUUGGGCCCUCCCCCUCCCCUUUGGUAACCAUAAGUAUGUUUUCUGUGUCUGAAUCUGUUUCUCUUUUGUAUUUAUAUUCAUUUAUAUUAUCUUUAGAUUCCACAUAUUAGUGAUCAUAUGAUAAUUCUUUGACUUACCUAGUAUAAUAAUCUCUUAAGUUCAUCCAUGUUGCUGCAAA